AUUAAUAGAUGAUUUGGUAUUUAGGUAUAUAUAGAAUUGAAUUAUAAAAGCUGAACUAUUGGGAUUAAUACAGAUAGAUAGAAACAUAAAAUAGUAUGAAUAUUAAACUCAUCCAUCAUAUGCAGGAAACUUUAUAAGAUUUGGAUUAGAUGGAAUAGUUGGUGAAUAUGUUUCAACAGUGUGCUAAACAUUCUUAUUUGCAUUAGCUUUAUACUUCACUCUUUCAUGUUCAUCUUAUUAUUACUUUUUCAAAAAGAAUAAAGAAUUGUAUUUACCAAAAUUAAAUGCUAAAUUUUAUAUCUUUUAUGAUAUCAAAUGGUCAAUCAUAAACAUGUUUUUUGAGACAUUCUUAGUAUCUAUAAUAAGAGUAGCGUAACCAAGAUUCAGUUUGAUGUAUUACAAUAUAAGUGAUUAUGGAUAUUGGUAUAUUCCUAUAAGUAUAAUUUUACAUAUAAUAUUUGAUGAAACAUUGACGUACAAAAUUAUCAUAUUAAUUAGAUAUUGGGUACAUAGAUGGCUUCAUACAUAUGGUUAUUUGUACAUAAAAUUGCAUAGAAUUCAUCAUUUUUCAAAAGAUAUCACACCAUUCAGUGGAUUUGCAUUUCAUCCAUUAGAUGCAUUUGCUUAAGCAGUGCCUUUAUUUACAUCUUGUUUUCUUUUUCCUAUUCAUAUGAAUUUGUUCCUUUUUUUCGGUUUAUGUACAACAUCUUGGGUAAAUUUAUAUUUAUAUAUAAAAUUAAGGCAAUUUCAAUUCAUGAUAAUGUUCCAGCUCUACCAUUAAAAUUUUUAUUAUAUAGUACCCAUCAUACAAUACAUCAUGAACCAGGAUUGGGAGGAAUGAAAAAUUUUGGUAAAUUUACAUCCAUUUGGGAUAGAAUUAUGGGUACUUAUGAAGAACCAGAUAGAAUCAAUUUUGGAUGGAAAUAAUAAUAACAAUAAUUGAAUAAACUAAAAAAAGUAAAUGAUUUUUAUGAAUCUAUCUUACCUAGUGAUUUGAAUAAGAUUUAAAAAAAAUAAUGAAAUAAU